CUGGGGGCGCGCUCGCCGCGGCCGGGGUCCGGAGCCUGCCGGCUUCGGCAGCCGCUGCUCCGCUUCCCCCUUCUCCCGAUAAGCGGCCUCCUUGACCCCUUCGGCCAUCCCUUCCUCGCAUCCUUCCUUCUCUCAUCUGUGCUGUUCCUCUCCCUCUUAUUCUUCUGUCCUGCGGUCUUUCCUCAUCCCUCCUCUCCCCUCCCUUCCAGGACCCCCGGCACAUCCUCUCCUUGUGUCUCCCUCCAGCCCGGUUCUCGGUUCUCCUCCCUCCAGCUGGCUCCUGCUUUCUCCACUUUUCAUUCUGGCUCUCUCCUGCCAACUCAGUGGCUUCCUACAGCAGGAAAUGAAAGGGACAAGUUGGGAAAUGGGGGUAAUGGGAAGAUGAUUCUUUCUCUUUGUUCAGGAGCCUAAGGUUGCUUGCUGAUCAUAAGAAGAUGAUUCUGUGGCUCUUUCUGGUUCUGUCAUCUCCAGUUUCUUCUACAACUGCAGAUGCUGAUAUAUCUGUGGAAAUUUGCAAUGUUUGCUCCUGUGUGUCAGUUGAGAAUGUACUCUAUGUCAACUGUGAGAAGGUUGCAGUCUACAGACCAAAUCAGCUUAAACCACCAUGGUCUAAUUUUUACCACCUCAACUUUCAAAACAACCUGCUAAUUAUUCUAUAUCCAAAUUCCUUUCUUAAUUUUACACAUGCAGUGUCCUUGCAACUGGGUAAUAAUAAGUUACAGAACAUUGAGGGAGGGGCCUUUAUGGGUCUUAGUGCAUUAAAACAGUUGCACUUGAACAACAACGAAUUAAAGAUUCUCCGGGCUGACACUUUCCUUGGCAUAGAGAACUUGGAGUAUCUCCAAGCUGACUACAAUUUAAUCAAGUUUAUUGAACGGGGAGCCUUCAAUAAGCUUCACAAGCUGAAAGUCCUGAUACUUAAUGACAAUCUGAUUUCAUUCCUUCCCGAUAAUAUUUUUCGAUUUGCUUCUCUAACCCAUCUGGAUAUACGGGGGAAUCGAAUACAGAAGCUUCCAUACAUUGGAGUUCUGGAACACAUCGGGCGAAUUGUUGAAUUGCAGCUGGAAGACAACCCCUGGAAUUGUACUUGUGAUUUGUUGCCUUUGAAAGCGUGGCUGGAGAACAUGCCCUAUAACAUCUACAUUGGAGAGGCUAUCUGUGAGACACCCAGUGACUUGUAUGGAAGGCUGCUGAAAGAAACCAAUAAGCAGGAGCUGUGCUCCAUGGGGACAGGGAGUGAUUUUGACGUGCGCAUCCUGCCUCCCUCGCAGCUGGAGCCCGGUUACAGCACACCCAACGGCCACACCACUCAACCAUCAGUGCACAGAUUAGUCACAAAGCCACCAAAAACUACAAAUCCUUCGAAGAUCUCGGGGAUAGUAGCAGGCAAAGCGCUGUCCAGUCGCAAUCUCAGUCAGAUCGUAUCUUACCAGACCAGGGUGCCUCCUUUAACUCCUUGUCCGGUUCCUUGUGUUUGCAAAACUCAUCCUUCAGAUUUGGGAUUAAGUGUAAAUUGCCAAGAAAGAAAUAUAGAAUCGAUGGCUGAACUCGUACCAAAACCUUUAAAUGCCAAGAAACUGCAUGUAAAUGGCAAUUAUAUUAAGGAUGUGGAUACAACAGAUUUCGCUGAGUUUGAGGGGCUGGAUUUGCUACAUUUAGGCAGCAAUCGGAUUUCAGUGAUCAAAGGAGAUGUUUUCCGCAACCUUACAAAUUUACGAAGAUUGUACCUCAAUGGCAAUCAGAUAGAGCGCCUGAGCCCAGAAAUGUUUGCUGGCCUCCACAAUUUGCAAUAUCUGUAUUUGGAAUACAAUGUCAUCAAAGAAAUCCUAGCAGGCACCUUUGACUUAAUGCCAAAUUUACAGUUGCUCUACCUGAACAACAAUCUUCUGCGAAGUUUGCCAGCUUACAUUUUUGCUGGUGCACCACUUGCUAGACUGAAUCUGAGGAACAAUCACUUCAUGUAUUUACCUGUAAGUGGUGUUCUUGAUCAGCUAAAAUCUCUGACACAAAUAGAUUUGGAAGGUAAUCCAUGGGACUGCACUUGUGAUUUAGUUGCUUUGAAACUGUGGCUUGAAAAGCUAAAUGACGGUAUUGUGGUGAAGGAAUUGAAAUGUGAGACACCUGUGCAGUUUGCUAACAUAGAACUUAAGUCUCUGAAAAAUGAGAUUCUCUGUCCUAAACUUUUAAACAAGCCAUCUGCUCUAUUCACUAGUCCCAUGCCUGCUGUUAUUUUUACAACACCACCGGGACCAGUCCGGAGUCCUCCUGGCGGCCCAGUUCCAUUGUCCAUCCUAAUCCUGAGCAUAUUGGUUGUGCUGAUUUUAACAGUGUUUGUCGCUUUUUGUCUCCUUGUUUUUGUGCUUCGGCGCAACAAAAAACCGACCAUAAAGCACGAAGGGAUUGGAAACCAAGAGUGCAGUUCUAUGCAACUGCAGCUAAGAAAACACGAUCACAAGUCAAACAAAAAAGAUGGACUGGGUGCAGAGGCCUUCAUUCCUCAAACCAUUGAGCAGAUGAGCAAAAGUCAUACCUGUGGCUUGAAAGAGUCUGAAACGGGCUUCACGUUUGCUGACCCACCCGGGCAAAAAGUCAUUCUGAGAAAUAUGAAUGACAAGGAGAAAGAUUUAUUGCAUGUGGAUUCCAGAAAAAGACUUAGCACAAUCGAUGAACUGGAUGAGUUAUUCCCUGGAAGGGAUUCCAAUGUAUUUAUUCAAAAUUUUCUUGAAAGUAAAAAGGAAUACAACAGCAUAGGGGUCAGUGGUUUUGAAAUACGUUACCCAGAGAAACUGCAAGACAAAAAAGCCAAGAAAUCUCUAAUAGGUGGUAAUCAUAGUAAAAUUGUAGUAGAACAAAGAAAAAGUGAAUAUUUUGAACUAAAAGCUAAACUUCAAGGUUCACCUGACUACCUACAAGUCCUUGAAGAACAAACAGCUUUGAAUAAAAUAUAGGUCAUACAAUCUUAUUGCCUACAGAGGACAUUUAUUUAAUGAUGAAAGUGCCUUUUGUUGACUUUUAACUUCCAAAUACUAUAUUAUAUUGAUAGGCAUAGAGGCAGGUGUAUCCAAGGGUGUCUGAUUAACUGUAGCUGUGUAUGAUUUGUCAAGUAGAGGAGAAUUUCCUUAAUAGAUUUUACUCCAUAAAGCUCAUGCCCUGUGGAAUCCUGUAGGGAUACUGCAAACUCUAUUGCCAAAGGGAUGCUUUAUACACGUUACACUGAAUUUAACCUCAAGAGGCAUAUAUGUUUUGUAUCUUAAAUGCAAACCAUCGUCUCCUUGUGAUUUGUUAGAACAAACACAAGAAACCUGGUACUGAUAUUUGUACUCCAGCUGGGUCCUUCAUCCUGCACGUGGAUUUAAGUUGGUGGAACUGGAGUAAUCCUUUGAUUUGUGGUGUUCUAAUGGCACUGUUUAAAGCUUAUUUGGAAAGUAACAAGCAUGCAAAGAGAGAACAUUCAAUAGUAUGUGUAAAUUGGUUACAUUUAUGGGCUGCAUCUUGAAACCACUGGAAUUAUAAUGUUAAAUUGUGUUUAAAAUAUACCAUGCAUUACAUACCUAUGAAAUAAAUCUGACCACUUGAAGCAUACAUGUCUAUACAGAAAAUUUAAAAAAAAAAAAGAAAGAAAGAAAACAAUUCAACCUGACUUCUGCAGUAUUUGUGACAUCUGAAGAAAAUAUUUGAUACUUAUGCAGAAUCUGUUCUAAGACUCAUCUCCAAUUAUAACUAGAGUUCCUUCUCAGUUACGUGAAACUCUUGCAACCCCAAGAGGUUGUCCAAAAUUGUCAAAGUGCUUACUGUGUGAGCGUAGCAGAAAUUAUUUUUGUAAUAUAAUUCAUAUUUAUGAAAUACUUUGUAUACUACAUAGGAAAAAAUGUGUACUCCUUAAUAUGUAUUUAAUAUGCCUGACUUGUUUUCCUGAUCACAAUGCAUUAAUCAUUCAGUAUAAAUAAAACCAGAACAAUAUACCAAACAGCAGCCGGGGAUGUAAUGUAUAGCAUCAUCCAGAAUUAAGUGAUCAGAUAUAAUAAUAAUAAUAAUGAUGAUGAUAAUAAUAAUAAAAUUGUUCUGUACUAUUCUUGUGAGAUUAGCCUAUUACCUUAUUUCAGAUCUGUUACCAAUGGUGCAUUUUAAAAUAGAUUGAUUAGUUUUUUAGUAUUGUGUCCCAGGCUGUUAAUUGCCAUCAGUUUUCUUGCUUUUCAGGUCUCUACAGCUUAAUCUGAAUACUUUUCACAAGCAUUUACAGGAAUUCAUGCUAAGAGGAAUAUUUUUAUUGUACAUGCAGAAGUUUUCUGUUCUUAUCUCUCUGGCUGCUUUUAGUCAGCAAAACCUGAUCAGAACAGUGAACAAUAUGGCAAAUCCUGUUCAAAACCACAGUGCAAAAUGGAUAUAGUGGUCUCAGUUCAGAGGACUGUGUAGCUCAUAACUACAGAGUAAAAGCUUACCUUUGUGAAAGCUGAAUCUGAACAGCCAGGGAAAAAGGCAGGAGAAUGGAAAAUCCCCAUUGUAUAUCACUGAUAGAUGGUACUCUGACAUGAGAAUGGAGAUAUAUUGGUAAAACAUCCUACAGCCAAUCUAUGUGAUGAGAUUAACAAAAUUUCUUUAAUUCAAUGAGACCUUCUUUAUCUCCUUCGAUUUCAGAACCUUUACCCCUCCUGACCUUUUAUAAUCAAUACAUUAGUCAAUUAAAAUAGUAGGAUAUAAACAUGAACGUUUUUCAUGAGUUUGAAGCCAGUAAAAAUUAGAGCAAAACUCUAUAAUAAUACUGUGGAGAAGGCUGUGUCAGCUAUUUCCAAUAUAAACCUCUAAUUUCAGGGCUGUGUGACACUGAGUUGGAAUUUUUAUUCUGGAAUGAUACUUGGCAAACAGCCUGCAGUAUAUUUUUAUCAAAAUAGACCAAAAGGAAAAAAAAAGCACUGCCUCUUUAUUUAAGAGAAAGCAAACAAAACAUUUCUCUACUUUCAGACAUUUGUUUAUGCUCUUUUGGCUUAGAAAGAGGGUUGUUUUAUUCUUUUUCUCUAUACUGCAUAGUAUAUAUAUGACUUCAGAUAAUAAAAUUGCGAGAGAUAAAUUAAUGGCUGAGUUUCUUUCAAAAAGAUGCAUCUAUCCAUGCACAAUAAUUAACUUAAUUCAGAAUGUCAUGGGGAUUUUGAGGACAUGGAUACUGCAUACACAUGCAGUAAAAAGCUCCUGGUUAACCAGUGAUGCAGGGCAUGGCUGAGGUUUGAAUGAGAACGUGUGAGAUUAUUUAGUGCCUGUGGAUUAAGGAGUGUCCAUGAUGCACUGACCAGGUGGACUCUGCUGGCUCCUUGAGUAGGCUGAGGGUGACAGGUCCCUGGUCUGCUCUGACAGAGCUGUGUGGCUUUGAGGAUGGCUCCAAGUUCACUGAGGUUUGCCAAAGCAGAAGGUGUCUGACACACUCAGUGCGUUGUCACUGGCAUGUCCUGUAUGAUCCUCCUGAGAGCAAUGUGCUAAAAAUAUUACAAAUUGCAAGUAAGGAAAUACUUCUAAGUGAUGGUAAAACUGAUAUGCUUAUGACUUGUGUUGCCCUGAGUCCAAAGAACAGAGAUAAAUGGCCAUACCUUCCUAAGCUAAAAAAAAAUUAGGGGUUUUUGUUUCAUUUUGUGUUGUGAGGUUUUCUGGGGGUGUUCUUUCUGGAUUUUUGGUUUGGUUUGGUUUUUUUCUUAAUUUGUUUGAGUUUUUGUUUGGUUUUUGGAGUGGUGUCUUCUGUUUGCUGAUCUAAAGAGCUGAACCGUUAUGCUGUACCAUUACACUGGAUCAGAAUUUUCUGAUCACUGAGACCCCAAUUCCAGUAAAGCAUUUCACCUCAACCUAAAUCAUGUGCAGAUGUAUUAUUCAUGAGAUAAUAAUUAGAUACCUGCCCAAGAGUGGGCCUUAGCUAGAGUUUUGUCAUUGACUUCAAAACAAGCCAGCUCAGAACCAUUGUAUAUAAUCCAUAGAGCCCAGUGACUCAUCUGGGGUUAUGCAGUUGAGUGUAGGUUCACCAGCAUCAGUAAAGGUUGCACAAUCUGGACCUUCCUGUAGAAAUUGUCCCUAAGUGUUUUACAAUGUAUGGUGCAAUAUAUAGGCAUAAUAGUGUGAGUGAAGAAUGCAGAAGCUGGCAAAACACUAUUUUUCUGUGAAAUUGUUACUUUGAAUGGCAACCUUAGUGUCAGUUUAUUUUCUCCAUGUUUUGAAACGGUGUAUGUGUCUGCACAGAAGUUUUAGUGUGAUGUCCAUUGAAAUCUCUGGUCAGUCUUUCUGAGAAGGUGACUCAGGUGUGGCUUAACAGGUCUGUCUGUUCCUGAUAUUGGUUUGAGUGGCCAUGCUUGUAAAAUGGCUGUUAAGACCCAUGGACAUAAACUAAAUCAGUGAAGGUGUUGGCAUAAUUUGUUGUCUCCAUUGUAUUAUAAAGAAGUUUCCAUUUUUAAAUGAAAUCAAUAAAGUGUACUCGUUUCCUUGAAAAAGAAAAAAAAAUUGUGCAAUUUUAUCAGAAAGCAAAUACCGCGGUGCAAGAACACAAGAACAGGUGAUUUAUGUUUUGCAUUUAGUGUUCCAGAUUGACAAUAAUGCAACAAUCUAGUAUAAAUAUAUUUUUAAAUGCUUUUUUUUUUUAAAGCCAUAAUGAUGAUAUAAAUUAUAAAGGCAUGGCCUUGUGAAUAAUGUUAACAAAUGUUUCAGAAUCAAGAAAAAACAUCCAGAACUUGAUGGUGGUAUAAUAUCUAUAAUAUCUUUUGCAUGAUUUGUAUGUUGAUAUUGUAUGAAAUGAGCACAGUGAGAAUUUUUUUUUUGGUUGCAUCCAAAGAGUUAGGAAGGAAAUAUAACAAGAAUGUACUCAUAAUCACUCUAUUUUGAAAUAAAGUAAAGAAAACAAAAUGUAUUGGCUUUACCCUGUUUUGAUCAUUACUAUUUUAGGUUAGUUUAUAAUUAAGGCAGUUACUUACAACAUCCUGUCCAAUGUAAAACACAGAAACCUAUUGUUUAUUAAUUUUGUUUGACUUCAUCAACAUCAAAAUACUAGUCAGUGUUGACUUCAAAAUUUGUAUGAAAUAUUAAUAAAAUUGUUUGGUACUAUUGUAUUUCUGAAA